GUAACAGUCGGGUACAUAUAAAGACUGGGGUGAAAUUCCCUGUAGACGUUCAUGAACCAGAUAUUAUCAUUUCCAAGUCGAGUGAUUCAUCUGUGGAUGUCAACAUUGGAUUCCUUCAAAAAGAUCAUCGUUAUGAAAUAUCUUUCAGUGUUUAUGAUGAUGUCGGUAGUCAAGUUAAAGUUUUUCCGGAACAACAUUUUUGUAUAAAGCUGUUAAGUGUCUACCCACAGCAAAGUGGUGAUGGACAUGACAUUGUCAUGGAACUUAUUACAAGAAAGGAUGGCGUUAUGCAGGAAGAAUUUCAACUUAUAAAUGAAACUGAUGAAAAUAGAAAAAUUACUGUAAUUAUUCAUGCAAGAAUAUUAGGUAAGAAAAUCACAGUAGAAAACUUCACUCUGCCCUCUUCACCUUCGUGA